AACAAACGCAUCGUAUCCGUCUGUGUACCAUCCCCGGGGCUCAGUUGCAAGCUCAACUAAUUACCAGACCAACGAAGCGACCAGCGAAUCAACAAACGGCCGUCUGGUGUAGUGGCAAGGGACACGGUCACUACACCAGGGGGUCGCGGGUUCGAAUCCCGCCAAGGGAAGAUAUUUAUAUGAUAAAAAUAAAAGCUGUGUGUACAAAAUAUAUUAAAUAAAAUAAAUAAAUAAAAAAUGUAUUUUCCAGGGUUAUGGAUGUAUAUUAAAUAUAUGUAUGUGUAUAAUAAAAAUCUUACAUUUAUUUCCGUUAUCUGAUACCUGUAACACAAGUUCUUUACGAACUUACCACGGGACCAGUUAACGUGGCGUGAUUGUUAGUAAAUAUUUAUUUUAACUAGGAGCAUCGAUAAAGUCAAAUCUGUCCCAACCCUACUAGCCCGCGCAAUACCUCGCGCUACCAUUGUAACUCGAAUUUCCUCCGAAAGCGCACGUCUUCUAUCGCAAUGAAAUCUCUCGUGCUCCUCUGUCUGUCCUUGUGCGUCUGUGUUCAAUCCUAUCAUUUUCUUGUCGGCGAUAUAUCCAGUUCCUUGGUACAUCACAAGCUGGUCCAAUACAACGCGAUACCUUUCAUGAAGCGUGUGAAGAACUACUUCUACAGCAGUGCCGAUAAUAAAAUUAUUACAGGUAUCCAAGCGUUGGACUCGCUCAACAGUAAGGCGACCGUGAACAUUACUGCGGGCGGUGUCGGCUAUCCGUACGUGAAUAUGCGCAUGAAGAGUGAACGUGGAUCCGGCCUGAGUUACGACAUCGGAAUAUACGUCAACCAGAACUAUUUAAGAAUAAAUUGAUUUGAAACA